AUGGCAAGCAGCUCCAAAGUCGACCUCAUGCACCAUCUCUCUGCGGAGACGCUUGGGCGCAAGCCCAACCCCAUGAAGGCCAUUGGGAGGCUCAUCAAGCCGAAGAUGAUCUCACUUGCGAACGGUGACCCACACUUCUCGUUCUAUCCGAUCAACAAGAUACAGUUCGAAAUCGCGUCCGUAGAUGUCAAGGACCCAGUCGCAUCUUGGCGUAGCGCAAGCUCCGACGCCCCAUCGUGCACCCUAUCCUCAUCUCGGCAAUCCUCAUCUCGGCAAUCCUCGCAAGGCCUGUCGCUGCGGAACUCGCUUGGCUACACCAACGCGACCGGCAUACCGCAAGCGCAGCAAACCCUCAUCGACCUGACGAAGCACUACCACUCGCCGCCAGACCACAUGUCCGUGAUGACCCUCGGCAACGGAGAUGCCAUCUCCAAGUGCUUCCGCCUGCUUGCGAAUCGGGGAGACAACUUCCUCGCGGACGAGUUCACGUUCACCUCGGCGACCAACUCGGGCGAGUCGUUUGGCAUCAACUGGGUGCCCGUACGGAUCGACUCUGGCGGGAUCAUGCCAGACGUACUCGAAAAAAUACUGUCGACCUGGGACCCCGCGAGAGGCCGACGGCCACAUGUCCUCUACAUCGUUCCGUGUGGUCAAAAUCCAACAGGUUCGACGUUGACGUUAGAACGUCGGAAGGAGAUCUACGAGAUCGCGCAACGCUUCGAUCUGAUCAUCAUCGAGGAUGACCCAUACUACUUCCUCCGAUACACCGACCCCGCAUCGGACUCAGAUGAGAGCUUCAUCCCUUCCUUCCUCUCCAUGGACGUCGACGGCCGCGUGAUCCGGCUCGACAGCUUCAGCAAGAUCAUCGCACCGGGCAUGCGCUUCGGCUGGGUGACCUGCAACCCCGUCUUCUACGAGCACCUCGUCUCGCUCACAGACUCCUCAACGCACCACCCGCACGCGUUCGGCCAAAUCCUCGUCACGGAGCUCCUCAGCGCGCACGGCUGGCAACUUGCGGGCUUCGACCGCUGGGUGCGCUCGCUGCGCGAUGAUUACCAGCGCCGGCGCGACUUCCUCCUCAGCUUGUACGCGCGCGAGCUCGGCGGCACGGGGUACACGACCGCGAGCGCCCCCGCCGCGGGCAUGUUCGUGUGGAUCCGCGUCAACCUCGAACGCCACACGCGCUUCCGCAGCGACGUUCGCGUAGUAGGCGGGGACCCCGCCGGCCCGCGCACGAACGUCGGCCCGCUCAUGCAGGAGCUCUUCGAGAGCUGCUUGGACGCCGGGCUCGUCGUCAUGCCCGGGUUCGUCUUUGCGCUCCGCGCGGAUCCCGAGUAUGACGACCUGGACGACCCCAUCGAGGACCGCGUGAACUACGUGCGUGUAACCUUUGCGGGCACGGAGGAGAUUAUGGAGCAGGGCAUGUCCAUUCUCGGGAGAGUCGUGAAGGAAUUCUUUGCCUGCGAAAGUUAA